AUGGCUGGUCUUGUGGACACGCGCCUGCUGGGGCGACCGAACAAGCACUCAGGCAACCGCGACGAAUUCCCGACCUUCAGAUACCAGCUGAUCUGCUACUUGGGUGCCAUCGACCCGAAAUUGGCACAAGCAGUCGCGACAGCAGCUACCCACGGCAAUGUCAUUGCGCUUUCAGAGAUGGGCGACGAUAACAAGCAGUUUGCAGCGACGAUGGGAUACAUUCUAUCACAGUUGAUUGGAGGCAGCGCGCUAACCUUGGUGAUGAAUUGUGAGCCAGGCAACGGCCUGGAGCAGUGGCGACGUCUUUGUCUACGCGAGGAUGCGGCUACUGGCUCCGACGAGGUGACGCAGCUGCAGCUUCUUGUGAACACAGCGUUUUCAGGCAAGUGGGAGACCUACGUCGAGGAGCUCACGAAGUUUCUACUGGACAUCAACCGAUAUCAAGAGAAGUUCUCAGAGGUGAUGUCUCACACCCUUGUCCAAGCCUUGAUCAAGAAGAACACGCCCGAGCCGCUGAAGACUCAGGUGAUGAUGCAGACCUUCACGACUCACCAGAUCCUACGGGAGACUUGCGAGGCCUUCGCUCAGCAGAUGACGCAGCGCGACCCGAGGGUGACCAAGAAGAAGUUCGACCCGAACGCCAUGGACGCGGGCGCUUCCGACAAGGGCGGCAAGGGCGAUUCCAAGGGCAAGGGCUUCGGCGGCAAGUCGGACCAGGAGGGCAGCGGUGGCAAGUCGAGCAGUCAAAGAAGUGCUCGGCAGAGUUCGGGCGGCAAAGGUGGCAAGGGCGACGGCGAGAACAAGAUGCAGAGCAAGAAGGGCGAGACGAAGCUCUUCGACGGAUGGUGUUCGAAUCCCCACUGGGGCAAGUACGGGCACAAGAUCGCGGACUGCAGGAAGUACGGCGGCGGCGCUAUGACGGAGAAGUGCAAGCUCACGGGCGAGCCAGGUCAGUCUCUGCGAUCCAUUACUGGUAAGGGUAUUCGGACUUGGGGUAAGCGGACGUUGACGGGUGAGGUCUUCGAUUCGAACACGUCGAUCCCUGCAGAACUAGACGCCACGCCAGCUGAAGUUCGUAGAGGUGCCCUUUCAGUUGCAGAGAUGACUGAUGCAGGUUAUUCGGUACACUUUGAUCCUGACGGAGCCAAGAUGUUCAAAAACAACAAGAAUGUGCAGCACGAGAUAGAUAAAGCGAUCGAGUCGACAGUGACUUUGCGGUUACGACGGAAGGUGAAUGCGUUUCUUCUUCCCAUGCAGUUCAAGGGUCCGACAGGCUACGAGUCCAUCAUCGGCGAUGUCGAGGACAACUCUGAGAAGGACGACGUGCAGAUGAAGGAGGAGCCUGUCGAGACACAGCCUGUGGAGGUGCAAGCUGACAGUGGAGCGGACAGAAGGACAGGCUACCUCAUGGGAGUUGUCGUGGAAGCUAAAGGCAAUCAGAGCUACGCAAAAGCGGCCAUCAGCGAGUACCUGGACGAGCUUGGCUACAUGAGUAUGGAAGUUCAGUUAGACGGAGAACCAGCACUGGAGGCACUCAUGAAUGGAGUGAUUUCGGAGCGUAUCAAGAAGCUCGGCAAAGAGGCAGCUGAAGCUUAA